AUGAUAAGACAUGGUGUCGACACUGACAUUGAAAAGUGCUUUGACGAAGGUAAAGCAAUCAUCAUCGAAGGUCCACACAUCGAUCCAUCUCUAUUCAAAGAGUUAAUAGCGGAAAGAACAAUGUCUGUUCCAAAUUUAAAUAAUAUUAAUAAUAAUAAUAAUAGUAGUGAUAAUAAUAGUAAUAGUAGUAGUAAUAAUAUAGAAGAUAAUAAUAAUACACAAAAUAAUAUACAAAAUAAUAAUAAUAAUAAUAACAACAACAAUAGUCAUAUAACUGUAGAUAAUAGUAAUAAUAAUAGUAAUAAUGAAGCAUCAACAACUGUACAGAAUAAUAGUAAUAAUAGUAAUAAUACAACAUCAUCACCAACAACUACAAGUUUGGCAGCAAAGCUGAAACCAAAAACCAAGGGUAUUAUUAUACCUUUUGUGUUGUCAUUGAAGGAGAGUGAUCAUAGUCUACUUGUUGAGAACUGGUUAUCGUGUAGCCCUGUCGAUGCCGACUAUGCACGAAAGGCAUUCGGUAAUGAUCCUAGAACACAGAGUAUUAAAAUCGUAGAGAAUCUCCAGACCAUUCAGUCGUAUCUCUGUCAAGGUGUGCCACCAUUCCAACUGGUAGAGGUCAACGCUCACAAUCUUCUAGAGACACUCGACGUCCUACACACUGCCGUACUAAAGAGAAUCAAUGAUGCAUACUCUGGACAUGUCAAAGGUUUUGAAUAUGAAUCUUAA